UACAAUAUUCUGUAAAAGGUACGAUGGAGUGCCUGGUACAUCAUUGCUCAACUUGAUCUCGGCGCGAUGUUUUGUUUCGCUUUAAUUGUCUUUGUCAAAUUCAAUUUGACACCUUAAAUCAGAAGUCCGUUGGUCUUUCUUGAAGCAAGGGAAGCUUUGUGGGCCGCUUAUAGAAGUUCCUGUUUUACCAAGUAAAGACUGUGGACACCUACUAAUUCAGGUUCUCCGGUUUCCCAGCGUCUGACAGGCCAAAAUGGCACUGCAGCCAUUUCGCAAUGAACAGUUGAAUUAUUUUAAAUUCGCUUCCAUUGCUCUCAAUGAAUUCCCCAAGGCUUUACGUCAGACGUUUAAAUCUAUGUGGGACAACAACUUGAGACAUCUUCCCGGUCAUCAACCGUGGGAUGAUUCCGUUGCAGUGAGAAAUUUGUUUUUGACUUUUGAGGGUGGCCCUGGAAAAACCAAAGUUCCCACAAACCUCUCCUAUGAAGAAUGGGAUUGUACCAACCUGUUCCAGGCCACCAUCUACGCCAAUUCCUUUUCUAUGCCCGACAGUAGAGGUCAUCUCAAGACACUUGGUGAGCUACAUGUAAAACCUCGUAAACUGGCUCCUGGAGUAUUUCAUACGUCCGUGGUGAGCCCAGGAGGGGACAAUGCUGAAACUUUCGCCCUCGCCAUUGAUCAAUUGCGACUUCUACGAAAUGCACUUUGCCACUCGCACAGUUCUGAAAUUGAGAAAACUAAAUUUGAUCAUUACGUGCAGCUCGCUAAAGAUGCAUUUAAAGCCCUUGGUAUCAAGACUGACCAUGUUAAUGUUAUUGGUGGUUUAACAGAGUCAGAAUUUCCCACAGAUGAGGUUCGCAAAUUGGAGGAACGUCUAAAAGAAGAAUAUCUAGCUUAUGUAAGUUUUCUACAACAACAGAAUCAGCAACAGCAGCAAAACCUGGAAGGAAUGGCUUUAGUUAUCGAGGGAAUGGAUUCAGCUAUAAGAGAAAUAAAGAUUAGAGUGGAAAUUAUUCCAACAAAAGACGACGUCGCUCAGAUAAUGGAGCAAAAGAUGAAAGAUUUGAAACUAUCACCAACUCAGGAAAGGCCAGAGGAAUACAUGUCAUCCCUUGAAUCUGAAGAUGCUGGCCAAAAGGUUCAAUGUGAAGACAUCCCCUACUCGAUAAAAGUAUUAGGAGACUAUGUUGCAGCUGUUCGGUAUAUUCAGAGGGAGCUUGAAACCCAACUGCUUAGAGGAGAGGACUCAAGGGCGGCUGACAAUUACUAUUUCCUUGGCAUAAUGAAACAUAAAGCGGGCGAUUUUGCCUCCGCUCUUAAGCAUUCUGAGCGUUCUCUUGAUAUAAGACGAAACCUACUCGGUGAAGAACACCCAGAUACUGCCAACAGUUACUUUUCCAUCGGAGCCACUCAACUUACCUUAGAAAACCUUCCCUCAGCUCUUCAGUCAGCACAACGUGCGCUGGAGAUAAGACGAAAGCUGUUUGGAGAGGAACACCCAAGCACAGCAGACAGUCACUUCGCGGUAGGGGCAAUUGAACUUUCACUGGACAACUACUCUUCUGCCCUCCAGUCUGCACAACGUGCGCUAGAGAUAAGGCAAAAGCUGUUUGGAGAAGGACACCCAAGCACAGCAGACAGUCACUUCGCGGUAGGGGCAAUUGAACUUUCAUUGGACAACUACUCUUCUGCCCUCCAGUCUACACAACGUGCGCUAGAGAUAAGACAAAAGCUGUUUGGAGAAGAACACCCAAGCACAGCAGACAGUCAUUACGAAGUAGGGGCCGUUCAACGUUCAUUAAACAACUACUCUUCCGCUCUCCAGUCUGCAAAACGUUCGUUAGAGAUAAGAAAAAAGCUGUAUGGAGAAGAACACCCAGGCACAGCAGACAGUCACUACGAAGUUGGGGCCGUUCAACUUUCAUUAAACAACUACUCUUCCGCUCUCCAGUCUGCGCAACGUGCGUUAGAGAUAAGACAAAAGCUGUUUGGAGAAGAACACCCAAGCACAGUAUAUAGUCACUUAGCAGUAGGGGUCGUUCAACUCUCGUUAAGAAACUACCCUUCCGCUCUUCAGUCCGCAGAACAUGCAUUGGAGAUAAGCCAAAAGCUGUUUGGAGAAGAACACCCAAGCACAGCAGACAGUCACUACGAAAUAGGGGCCGUUCAACUUUCAUUAAACAACUACUCUUCCGCUCUCCAGUCUGCAAAACGUUCGUUAGAGAUAAGACAAAAGCUGUUUGGAGAUGAACACCCAGGCACAGCAGACAGUCACUACGAAGUUGGGGCCGUUCAACUUUCAUUAAGCAACUACUCUUCCGCUCUCCAGUGUACGCAACGUGCGUUAGAGAUAAGACAAAAGCUGUUUGGAGAAGAACACUCAAGCACAGUAUAUAGUCACUUAGCAGUAGGGGUCGUUCAACUCUCGUUAAGAAACUACCCUUCAGCUGUUCAGUUCGCAGAACAUGCAUUGGAGAUAAGCCAAAAGCUGUUUGGAGAGGAACACCUAAGCACCGCAGACAGUUACUUUUUGGUAGGAGCCACUCAACUGAAGUUACAUUACUCCUCCUCUGCCCUUCACUCUGUACAACGAGCAAUGGAAAUUAAAAAAAAGUUUUUCGGGGAAGAACACAUAGCGAUAGCUGACAGUUACUAUUUAUUGGGACUUAUACAACAUGAGCUAGGCGACUCUGCCGCAGCUCUUCAGUCUACAAACAAGGCACUUGACAUGGCAAGAAAACUCCAUGGAGAAGAACAACCCAGAAUUGCCAACAUUUACCAUUCGAUUGGCGUCUUACAGCAUGAGUUAAACGAUAUUCCCACCUCUCUUCAGUCUCAUCAGCGUGAGCUUGACAUAAGACGAAAGUUACAUGGGGACGAAUGCCCGGAAAUUGCCGACAUUUACCAUUCGAUUGGCGUCUUACAGCGCGAGUUAGGGGACCCUUCUUCCUCUCUUCAGUCGCAUCAGCGUGAGCUUGACAUAAGACAGAAGUUCCCAGGAGAAGAACAGUCCAGAAUUGCCGACAUUUAUCAUUCGAUUGGCGUCUUACAGUACGAGUUAAAGGAAGUUUCCUCCUCUCUUCAGUCGCAUCAGUGUGAGCUUGACAUAAGACAGAAGUUUCCAGGAGAAGAACGGUCCAGAAUUGCCGACAUUUACCAUUCGAUUGGCGUCUUACAGUACGAGUUAAAGGAAGUUUCCUCCUCUCUUCAGUCGCAUCAGUGUGAGCUUGACAUAAGACGAAAGUUACCUGGAGAAAAACAGUCCAGAAUUGCCGACAUUUACCACUCUAUUGGCGUCUUACAGCGCGAGUUAGGGGACCCUUCUUCCUCUCUUCAGUCGCAUCAGUGUGAGCUUGACAUAAGACAGAAGUUUCCAGGAGAAGAACAGUCCAGAAUUGCCGACAUUUACCAUUCGAUUGGCGUCUUACAGUACGAGUUAAAAGAAGUUUCCUCCUCUCUUCAGUCGCAUCAGUGUGAGCUUGACAUAAGACGAAAGUUACCUGGAGAAAAACAGUCCAGAAUUGCCGACAUUUACCAUUCGAUUGGCGUCUUACAGCGCGAGUUAGGGGACCCUUCUUCCUCUCUUCAGUCGCAUCAGUGUGAGCUUGACAUAAGACAGAAGUUCCCAGGAGAAGAACAGUCCAGAAUUGCCGACAUUUACCAUUCGAUUGGCAUCUUACAGCACGAGUUAAAGGACAUUCCCUCGUGUCUUCAGUCUCAUCAGCGUGAGCUUGACAUAAGACGAAAGUUACAUGGGGAUGAAUGCUCCGAAAUUGCCGACAUUUACCAUUCGAUUGGCAUCUUACAGCGCGAGUUAGGGGACCCUUCUUCCUCUCUUCAGUCGCAUCAGCGUGAGCUUGACAUAAGACAGAAGUUCCCAGGAGAAGAACAGUCCAGAAUUGCCGACAUUUAUCAUUCGAUUGGCGUCUUACAGUACGAGUUAAAGGAAGUUUCAUCCUCUCUUCAGUCUCAUCAGCGUGAGCUUGACAUAAGACGAAAGUUACCCGGAGAAAAACAGUCCAGAAUUGCCGACAUUUGCCAUUCGAUUGGCGUCUUACAGUACGAGUUAAAGGAUGUUUCCUCCUCUCUUCAGUCUCAUCAGUGUGAGCUUGACAUAAGACGAAAGUUACCCGGAGAAGAAGAGUCCAGAAUUGCCGACAUUUACCAUUCGAUUGGCGUCUUACAGCGCGAGUUAGGGGACCCUUCUUCCUCUCUUCAGUCGCAUCAGUGUGAGCUUGACAUAAGACAGAAGUUUCCGGGAGAAGAACAGUCCAGAAUUGCCGACAUUUACCAUUCGAUUGGCGUCUUACAGUACGAGUUAAAGGAAGUUUCCUCCUCUCUUCAGUCGCAUCAGUGUGAGCUUGAAAUAAGACGAAAGUUACCCGGAGAAGAACAGUCCAGAAUUGCCGACAUUUACCAUUCGAUUGGCGUCUUACAGCACGAGUUAAAGGACCUUCCCUCGUGUCUUCAGUCUCAUCAGCGUGAGCUUGACUUAAGACGAAAGCUACCUGGAGAAGAACAGUCCAAAAUUGCUGACAUUUACAACUUGAUUGGCGUUUUACAACACAAGCUAGGGGACUUUACCUCCGCCCUCGUUUCUUUUCAGUUUGCACUCAAUAUUAGACGCAAGCAUUUUGGAGAGGAACACUCCGCCACAGCUCAAAGUUAUUUUUCCGUCGGGGACACUCAAAUCGUGUUAGGCGACUUUCACUCAUCCCUAUCAUCCAAGGAAAAAGCACUUGAGAUUAGACGCAACUUAUUUGGAGAAGAUGACGCAGUCACUGCUGAUAGUUACAUUUCGGUCGGAGUCAUACAUCUUAGGCUUCGUAACUAUAGCUUGGCAAUUCAUUCUCUACAACGUGGUCUUGAAAUAAGGCUGAAAGUAUGUGGGGAAGUACACUUAGAUACAGCUGAAAGUUACUUUUUACUCGGAAAAACACAAAACGAGUCAGGUGACUUUGACCCAGCUCUUAAGUCUGUACAUAGUGCGCUUCAUAUCCAUAGGAAACUGCUCGGGGAGGACGACCGAAUUACUGCUUCAAGUUACCACUUACUCGGGGUCAUUCAAUGUAAGGUGGGUGACUUCAAGUCUGCAAUUCAAUCAUUACAGCGUGAGCUUAGCAUCAUGCGUGAACUCAUCGGAGAAGAUAAUUUAAGCGUUGCUGACAUAUACCGCUUAAUUGGCAUCACACAGGACAAGUUGGGUGACUUUCCGGCUUCCCUUCAGUCGCAUCAACGCGAGCUUGACAUACGAAGGAAAUUACUUGAAGAAAAAGAAGGAGAAGACCCAAGCAUUGCGGACAGUUACACAGCAAUCGGUUUGGCACAACAUAAGCUAGGUGACUUUACUUCGGCUCAUCAGUCUGCUCAUCGGGCGCUGGAAAUCAGAAAAAUACUUUUCGGGGAUGAACACUCAGACACCGCCUACAGUUACCAAUUUCUCGCCGUCGUGAAAGGUGCAUUAGGCGACUCUGACUCAGCUCGUCGGCUGGAACAGUGUGCCAAUGAUAUCAGGAAAAGGCUAUCCUCGAUUUAAUGAAUCAUUAACUCACACAUGACAGCUACAAUUCAUUCCUUGUUGCCAAAUGUAAAAUUUGUGUGAACCAUAUGCCCUUAAAAUCAGAUUGGAACACUGAAAAAUAGUCUUUUAUCAGCAUCUGUACAGGAUGCCAUGCGACAGUUGACUUUCGCUCAUUUCUUGAAUCUCCGCAGUGUGAUGCAGAGUCGCUAAAACCAUAAAGAAAAGCACUCGUCGAGGAAUGCUUUGGAGAACAAUCAUAAGCCUUUGAAUAGAACUUGUGGACCACUUAAGACUGGUUUAUCAAAAAUACUCAGGUGUAUUCAAAACUAUUGUCAUCCAAAAUGCUCUGGAAGUAAAAUCAUAAAGAAAAGAACCUCAAAGUAAGUACCUUCACAUUAUAAACUCUGUACACAAUGCGCUACACUCAAUCGCAGUCUUCUGAGUUUGGUGAUUCGCGUGCCCACAGCUAGAAAAUUUUUUUUAGUAAUUUUUAACAAUUUUUACCAGAUAUUUCGGAAAAUAGUGCUGAAAAUGAGUUUAAAUAGGAAACCAGUACUUUCUGAAAUUACAAUAAUCUAAGUUUUGUAACUUUGAGUUUAGAAAGAUGAGGUGUAAAUAGUUUAAGAUAAGCCCCACACAAGUAUACACAAGAGUAACGAAUUUCGCAGGCGAGGAAAUUAAGUGGGAGCGCAGAUUUAUGCAUUAACACUGAUUUCUUAUAAUACAUAGAGAGCUCUUUUUCAGGAGUUGAAGGGAUUCCCUCGCGUUUGAAUUAUUCGUCGAGCGCAAGUAAAAUGUUUUCAAGGGAUCACGCCCUUAUUGACAAAAUCGUCUCAUAAUUUUCUAAUUUUGACGAAGUCGUCUCAUAAUUUUUCAAUUUUGACGACUUCUCACAGCUUUCUGUUGCUCUAAAGGAUUUAUUGCCGUUACUUAGCUAUUCCUGUAUACAAGAUCGCUUUUCGGCUGACUGUCGUCAAAAUAAAACAAGAUUAAUUUCUAAAAGUAAACGGCAUCUACAGUAACAGUUUCGAAAAGAGCCAACAAUAACUCAAAGUGAACGGUACGAGAGAGGAAUCGAGUGAGAUAGGAACCAACUUAGCAUUAGCUUUUGUUUUGUAUGUCUUCAAAAAGCGAAACCAACGGUAAACCCAUGCUAUUGCCUAUGCUCGAGCAAGUGAGGUUAGCUAGUAGUUUAUAAUAUGACACUAGUUCGGGACAAACGUGUUUAUUUUGAAUUUGAAUAAAGGGGUAAGUUUCUAAAGAAA